CAUACCCAUAGGACAUCUCUCGCUGCUGCGCACACUCGCCGCGCGCACGCCAUUGUGUAUGCGCCGUGAUUUCGCUCUCUGUGUGCCCAUCAGCUAUCUACACCGCUGCUUCCCGAAGCAGCGCACCUCGUUCGUCCUCGUCGUCCCCGAGAGUCCAGCCAUUAGUCCAGUCGCAAGGUAAGGACCUGAUCUGAGUUAAUAUUCAUAUUGGAUCAAUUUCUUCAACAUUGAAUCGCUGUACACUGUAUAGGAUUUCGAGCAGUUAACCGGGCAGGCUGCCAGUCCAUCUACGGGAGGCCUCCGGGAGUGAGAGAAAGCGAGCGGUAGCAGCACUACUACCGCCAGCAGCAGCAACAACAUCGACGUACGGAACAGCGCCAACUGUUAUCCGGGAUAAUGAAGCGUGAAGCUGACGCUCAGUCGGGCGGAGGCCCAACCAACCCCAACAAGCGCUACAGGCAAGGAGAGGAUGAACUUCGACUCCUUAUCCCCAGCAGGGUCGCCGGCUCGAUAAUCGGCAGAGGCGGCCAGAACAUCGCCAAGCUGCGCAGUCAGUACAAAGCCUCAAUCACUGUACCCGAUUGUUACGGACCCGAACGGAUCCUGACCAUCAGCUCGGACCUGGAUACUGUACUGACAGUCCUGGGUGAUAUGGUACCUAAACUCGAAGAGAAUGGCGUGAAGAAUGGAAACGACAUAAUGAUCGAUCUGCGCAUGCUCGUGCAUCAGAGCCAAGCUGGAUGCGUCAUCGGCAAGGGAGGACUUAAAAUCAAGGAGCUCCGAGAGAGAACGAAAAAUGGAGCCAGGAUCAAGAUCUACUCAAACUGCUGUCCCCACAGUACGGACAGGCUCAUCAGCGUCUGCGGAAAGUCCGAGACUGUCCUCGAUUGCAUUCGAGAGCUCAUCAACACCAUCAAGACCUCACCGUUGAAGGGCGUGAACAACCCUUACGACCCACGAAACUACGAUGAAUUCUACGCUGAGGAAUACGGCGGCUACGGUGAAAACGGCCAACCCGCCGGAGGCGGUGGCGGUGGCGGCGGUGGUGGCCCCGGAGGCAAGCCUGGUGGCGGCUUCGGCGGAGGCCGAGGUGGUCCCCCUAAUGCUCCACCUGGUGGUGGUCCUGGAGGCCCCAUGAACCGUGGAGGCAGACCUGACAACCGCGGAGGCGGUGGUACGUUCAUUCCCCCAACUCCGUUCCUCCCAGGCGGACCUGACAUGAACCGAGGUGGAUUCGGAGGCCCAGGUAUGGGUGGUGGUCGCGGAGGCGGCGGCGGUGGACGCGGAGGUGGAAUGUCUGGUCCCGACCGCGGUUUCGGAGGUGGCGGCGGCGGCGGAGGCGGCAAUCCCCGCGGAGGUAUUGGCGGAGGUAACUUUGGCGGAGACCGCGGAGGCAACGGCGGCGGACCUGGCAUGGGAGGCGGUGGCGGCGGUGGCUUCAAUGGCAACCGCGGCGGACCUCCAUACUCCGGUGGCGGUGGCGGUGGAGCCGGUGGCGGUGGAGGUGGCGGUGGCGGCGGAAACUACAAUGGUAACGGAUGGGGAAGUGGCGGCGGCGGCGGCGGCAUGCAAGGCGGUGGUGGCGGCAGCGGUGGCGGUGGCGGUGGCGGCGGCAGUGGCGGUGGAAACGCGAACGGGCUCGGCGGAGGAGCCGGCGGUGGCAACACCGGAAUGGGAAAUGCACCCAUGAGCGGUGGCAAUAACGCUGGCAGUCAGGGAGGUGCUGCUGGCGGCAAUGCCACGAGCACCCAGGUCACCAUUCCCAAAGACCUCGCUGGAGCCAUAAUCGGCAAAGGUGGUGCGCGAAUCCGCAAGAUUAGAUCGGACAGUGGCGCAGGCAUAACCAUAGACCUGCCGCUGCCUGGCAGCAACGACCGCAUCAUCACCAUCACUGGCAUGCCUGAUCAGAUACAGAUGGCUCAGUUCCUCUUGCAACAAAGUGUACACGAAAAUGCUGAUCUUCCUUAUUAAGUAUCUCAGAGGAGUAUAGAGGGGGGAGCCAAAGAUGCGUUUGUAAUUUUUUUUAAGAAAUCUACCUUGGAAUAUAACAAGCGUUAAAACUGAAGAAAAAUGAGCAACAGCGAAAUAAAGGAAUCCAUACUGAGCAACAUAUUCGAGUGGAUACACCAACAUUAUGACGUAUAUGUAGUGCGAACUGCAUCGCACGAAUCGUUCUUCGAAGAAGACAAACAAAAAGCAGUAAAAAGGGAACAUAUUUUUUCAACGACCGAAAAUUUUUCACAUCGCCAUCCGUAGCUUAAACGCAUUGUAUCGAUCGUACGGCUAUCCCGAUUCAUUGUUUUGCUUAUUCAUUUCGGUUCGUUCGAUGCAACGAGUGGUUUCAAAAAAUAGUGUGUACGCAUGUCGCGCUUCGCGUGCCAAAUCGCCUAAUAAUCAAUAUAACAUUCGCUCUUAAUUUAUGUGCAUUUUUUUACGAAUUACUAAUGUAAUAACAUUGUGAAAUUGGUCAUACGUAUCUAACUUACGUUUUUUAAGCAACAAAUGAGGCUGAUAUUUGUUUAUUCAAUUUAUUGAUCUAAGAAAAAAAAUUGUAAAUUUUAUAAGUUCCUUUUAAUUACUUAUUUAAUUUUGUAUUUGUCCCCUUGUACAUUGAAAGACCUUUGAAACGAUAUAUAAAAGCUGUAAAUAUCUUCGAACUCCGAUGAGAGUCACGCUUUUACGUAUAAAUUUUGAAACUACUCGGCGUAUUUUGCAUCGUGCUACUGUAUCUUUCCUGUCUGAUGCACGUGAACUUUACGCUCAUAACUAUUUGAGUAUAAUGGCAUGAAUCCGCUCUCAAUUCGCAAUUUUUAUGGAACUGAAGGUUGAUAAACUGCGAGCUGUUUCAGAUGAAAGUACACAGAGACACCAUUUAUGCAUACUUGUUUUGCGCUGAAAAAGAAAUCAACUAAAAAUUAAUAUUAAAAAGUACGGAGAAAGAGAGAGCGUUGCAGGGAAACUUUGUAAAUAAGCAAUAAAGCGACCCUUUCUUUCGCGUUUUACAAACAUCUACACUUUGACUGCUGACUGCACCGUAGUGCAUGUUCAUUUAUUAUUACGAUUUAAUGAUUAAUGAUUAUGAAUAAUUAGCAGAACGUAACCCUUCCCAGACUCUUAAAGCGGGAUUUGCCUAUAUGACCUGUUUUACCGAACUUUUUAUAUUAUUUUGAUGACGUUUGCCUUCUUUGCAUGUGUGCAGCCUUAUUACAAAAUCUUUAGACUUACCUGGAUUCCAUCUAGCUAACAUUAAACAUUAAAACUAAAUGUUAAUAAUAUAAGUGUCAGUGGAACAGGAAUGUGCGGAAAUCCUUUAAGAUAAUAUACCAGAAAUAAAAUCUUCUAUCUGUAGAAAUAUAUUAGAAUCGUUAGUACAGUAAGUGGCCCUAAUGAAAAUAAAUAAUAAUAAACAAAGAAAAUUAACUCUACAAUUUUAAGAAAAAUAAAAGCAAAAGAUGUAAAGUGAAAAUCAAGCGUAAAACGUCAGCUACGCUAUAUUAAGAAAAAACGAACGGAGAACAAAAAACAGAGAUCUAUCACAAAAAUUAUAAUUCAACGUGUAUAAGUCCUUAGAACGCGUCGUUUUAACGUGGCAUUUAUAUAAUUAUUCUUAUUUUCAUUUCGUUUCUCGCUGGCUCACAAGAAGAAAGCAUAUUUCUUCAAGUCAGCAAGAGUACCCCUUUUUUAUAAAUAAUACAUAUAAUUAUUAUAAAAACCUUCAGAUUUAAGCAGUGACCGCAGUUCAUAAGUUCUAAAGAAAAGUAACGGAUAAACAAGUCUCCCCACCCCAGAUUAAUUGUCACGUAUAUAUAUUUGAAAAUAUAUAUAUGGAAUCGUGUACACCUCCCUCCCCGAAAAAAAAAACACUUCGGAAACAGUCCAUUUAUGAAUGAUUUUUAAGCGACCUCAGGGCGAACGUAAGGGCAUUUUCCGUAAAAUAGCUAGGCGAUAACAUAAUUUUAGUUUGUGACUUUUGCUUUAUGUACAACCCCUCUCCUUUUUUGUUAUUACUAUUACGUUUAAUGAAAAAAAAAGAUAAAGAUAACGAAACAAAGAACUCGAAAUCACUCACUCGCACACGUGCAAGGCAUAUUUUUGGAGAGAAUCGCCCGCUGUUAAAACACACUUAUUUUUAUACUGUUUAUUAUUACAUUCGGCGAUUCGACGGGCGAUCAUCGACCAAGCAAUGAAAUAGCAAAAAAAUAAAAAUAAUACAAAGUGCAUAAAAUAAGAGCGACAAAAAAGUAUGAUAAAAGAAGUACAUUUUUUAAAGAAAUUGAUUUAUUAUAGUAGCGAGUGAUUGGACGAAAAAGAGAGAAAAUAAAAGUAUAAAACAUGAUGAAAGAGAGUGCGUGAGUGCGCGAGACGUUAAUUAUAUUACGUAGGAAGUUUGCGGAAAAAGUAUAAUGAAGAGCGGCGAAGGGAGGGAGGAUCUUUUUUUUGUAGGACGAUGUCUUUAAAACGGUGGACAUUGCCUUGUAACACGUUUGUGUAAUAUAAGAUAUACUGUUUACAAUUGAUUUGUAUUGAAUACUUUUUAUUUGUCAAAUAAACUUAGUACAAACGACUCUCAA